AUGCAAAGAUCACGGAAAGCUCUUCUGCUAAGAAGAAGAGUUUCUGAGGAUACUUCUAAUGCAAGGAAUCGUUUGUACAAAGUUUCACUAUCUAUGGUUUUUCUCGUAUGGGGGAUUCUCUUGUUAUCUACAUUGUGGAUCAGUCUUGGAAACGGUCACAAAGGGAAGUCUCUAGUCCAUUCUUUGGUACAAAUUCGUGAUCAUCAAGGUGAUUUUAGUGCAGAUGGGAUAGAAGAAUCUGUUGAUGCAGCAUCACUAGAGUCGUCUACUUAUGUUAAUUCUACUCCCAGUUUGAGUCUGGAUGUUCAUAUAGCCGAUAAUGCCGGAAAUGUUAGGGAAAGCGAAGAAGACAAUGGGCUUGUGAAGCAAAGUGAAAUGAUUAAUAAGACAGAGACUGAUGCUUUAAAGCUUGAUCAGCUGUCUGGUACUGUUCCACUUAGCCUUGAUGAGUUCAAGAGUAGAGUGACAAACCCUAAAGAUGAACCUUUAGCCAACCAAGUCAGCAGUGUGAUUCACAGAAUGGAGCCUGGUGGGAAAGAGUACAACUACGCAGCCGCUUCAAAAGGUGCAAAGGUAUUAUCUUCUAACAAUGAAGCAAAAGGAGCAACAAGCAUCAUAAGCUCGGACAAUGACAAGUACCUGAGGAACCCGUGUUCCACUGAAGACAAGUUCGUUAUCAUAGAACUUUCAGAAGAAACGUUAGUGAACACAAUCAAGAUUGCAAAUCUUGAGCAUUACUCUUCUAAUCUGAAGGAGUUUGAGAUUCUUGGAACCUUGGUUUAUCCUACUGAUACAUGGGUUCAUCUUGGGAACUUCACAGCAUUAAACAUGAAGAAUGAGCAGAACUUUACGCUAGUGGAUCCCCAAUGGGUGAGAUAUCUAAAGAUGAAUUUCUUAAGUCAUUACGGUUCAGAGUUUUACUGCACUUUGAGUUUACUAGAAGUCUAUGGAGUGGACGCUGUGGAAAGAAUGUUAGAGGAUUUGAUAUCUAUCCAAGACAAAAACAUAGUGAGACUCACUCAAGAAGAAGACAGCGAGUCCUCUGAAAGCCAUGAGGAUGAGAGUAAACAGAAGGACAAGGAAAAAGAAACCUCACCAGAGAAUGUGGUUGUGAAAGCUGAAGUAUCAAAUGAGAGAAAGAAGCUGCUAGAUCCGGUGGAAGAGCUAAAACAUCACCAACCAGGAAGCAGGAUGCCAGGGGACACUGUGCUGAAGAUACUCAUGCAGAAGAUAAGGUCACUUGACUUGAGCUUAUCAGUGCUGGAGAGUUACCUGGAGGAAUUGAGUUCAAGAUACAUGAAGAUAUUCAAAGAGAUGGAUGUGGAGGCGAUCAAGAAAGAGAAGGAGGUGGAGAAGAUGAGACUAGAGUUAGAUGGAAUGAAGGAGAGUCAAGAGAAGAUGAAGGAAGAGGCCAUGGAGAUAAGAGAGUGGAGAAGAAAAGUAAAGACAGAGGUUGAGAAGGCUGAUUAUGAGAAGGAGAAAGUGAUGGAAAGGUUGGAGAAAAUUUUGGAAAAGAUGGAGUGGAUGGAGAAGAAAUGUGUGGCUGUGUUCACCAUCUGUGUUGGGUUUGGUGCUAUGGCGGUUGUAGCCGUGAUUCUUGGGAAGUUGAUAGGUUUAGCAGAGAAGCCAACCGACUUGGCUUGGCUUCUGUUGUUGAUAAGCUCUACAGUUGUUAUAUUUGUUUUGUCUCUUUGA